GACUUGUUUCGUUUGUUUGUUGGUGUUUCGAGUCUCUAUUCUACCAAGAAACAAUACAAAUCUAGAUGAACUGGGCGAUGGUGGAUGAUCUGGACAAUGAUGGUUGGGGUCCAAAAACUGGUGUAGGCUGAAAGCCCAUGCAUCGAUCCGUUUCACAGUUAAGGAGGCAUCUCGUAUUCUUCCCGCAGCUUCUGAUACAGGUACGCGAUCGUCUAGACGCGAUUCCCGACUCCUCUCCCAUUUUGUUCGCAUCCGCUGGACUUGGUGAUGAACGAGACGGCUAUUAUUUUAUCUGUCACACAGAGAACAGAGGAGCGCCUCCUGCGUCUAGACAUCUGUUGAACUUGCUUACUUUGCGCUAGGAGACAAGCGGGCAUCCUUCGCGUGUGUCAAAAGUACUGUGAUAAUGUUGGAUCUGGGGAUAUCACGGACCGAAUAAACAACCCAUGAGCUCUCUCAUCGAUGCGUCGUCACCUCUUGGUUAUUGUUUUCAUGAUUCAGUCGCUUAAUCCUGAGUUGUAGAUGCGAGGUCUGGCAUGUCACUCUCCUCGUAACUGCUAAUCAACAUCGCGUAACCAUUGCGCCCAAACAAUUCAAAAAUUCAAUAGAUCCUUCUAUGUUUCAACUGUUGGCCACAUACGCCACGUUUCGCGACUCGUGGAUAAAAACCUGUAAUCCUUGAGAAUUUGGCCAUGGGAUAUACCCGUACACAUUUUGGUGCCUCUACAUGUGUACACAGAACUCCCACGUGGGCGCACGGCACAUAUGCACAAUCUAUCUCUGACAGGCCGUCACCCAUCAUCACCCGUCACAACCUCAAACACAAACAGCCAAAAACGCCCCGAAACACCUUUCACCCUUCUCUUCGACUUUUCCCGUCUCUUGGAAACCUUUUCUUUCUUUUUUCCCUCCCAAUAUUCUCCCUGCAUAUAGACGAACGGACAAACGAACGAGCAAAGGGAGGGGGCGAAUUGGGCUGGGUUGGGCUGUCUCGGUUGCCGAAAGCAAAGCCCGGCAAACUACCGAGCGCUGCACGUCUCUAUGUAAGCUUCGUACGAUUCCGGACAUACACACAGUGUGAACUGUUUCUAAGGGGGGCCAUGGCAGGCAGAGAAAACAGACUAUUGUUUCGUUUCGUUUUGUUUCAUCUUUGGUGUUGA